UUCUGACAGACAGGUGAACGGGGCGACGACGCCAUGUUGAGCGAAAACGGAAGUGUAUUACUCUGCUGUUAAAACAUAUUUCGAAUGUUUGUGAAGAGGAACCGGACACUUUAGCAGUAAAACAAACUGCCUUGGAGGCAUUUGAACGGAUAUUCCUCUUUAAUUUACGUGCCAGAAAAGGACCGUUCUUUUUGUGGGACUCUUUUGUGCAACUUUACACUGACUGACAGCGUCAAAUCACUUCACGGGGUGAUCGUAAGUGAAAGAUCGGGACUUAAAGAUGCCACUGGCACAGUUUGCAGACCCCUGGCAGAAGCUGCCCGUGGGGCAUAUGGAGAAUGAGGAUGACUCCAUGGUAGAUGAUGAUGGUCCUGUUCAAGAGGAGGGCUCUGUCAAGGAAAUCAGCAUCACUCACCAUGUCAAGGAGGGUUCGGAGAAAGCGGACCCACGACAGUUUGAGCUCUGCAAGGUUCUGGGCCAGGGAUCUUUUGGCAAGGUUUUCCUAGUCAAGAAGAUAACUGUGCCCGAUGCAGGACAGCUCUAUGCUAUGAAAGUGCUAAAGAAAGCUACACUGAAAGUACGAGAUCGAGUGCGUACAAAGAUGGAGAGAGACAUCCUAGUUGAGGUCAACCAUCCUUUUAUUGUUAAACUGCACUAUGCAUUUCAGACAGAGGGUAAACUCUAUCUGAUUCUGGACUUCCUCAGAGGAGGAGAUCUCUUCACUCGCCUGUCCAAAGAGGUUAUGUUUACAGAGGAGGAUGUAAAGUUCUACCUUGCAGAACUGGCUUUGGCUUUGAACCAUUUACAUGGACUGGGAAUCAUCUACAGAGAUCUUAAACCAGAAAAUAUUCUUUUGGAUAAUGAUGGACACAUCAAACUUACAGACUUUGGGUUGAGUAAAGAGUCCAUUGACCAUGAGAACAAGGCUUAUUCAUUUUGUGGUACGGUGGAGUAUAUGGCUCCGGAGGUUGUCAACCGCAGAGGUCAUACCCACAGUGCUGAUUGGUGGUCCUAUGGCGUUCUAAUGUUUGAAAUGCUGACUGGAACACUUCCAUUCCAAGGAAAAGACCGCAAGGAAACCAUGACAAUGAUCUUAAAGGCUAAGCUAGGAAUGCCUCAGUUUCUCAGCCCCGAGGCCCAGUCUCUGCUCCGCAAUCUGUUCAAGAGGAAUCCUGGCAACCGCUUAGGAGCUGGGCCUGAUGGAGUAGAAGAGAUCAAAAGACAUUCAUUCUUCAACACAAUUGACUGGAAUAAAUUAUUCAGAAAGGAAUUGCCUCCUCCCUUUAAACCAGCCAUCCAGAGGCCAGACGAUACAAUCUACUUUGACUCAGAAUUCACUGCCAAAACCCCUCGAGACUCUCCUGGUAUCCCUCCAAGUGCCAAUGCUCAUCAGCUCUUCAGAGGGUUUAGCUUUGUUGCUACGGGAGUAGAAGAGGAGAGCCAGCCGCCCAUUCAGAGCAACAUCAACUUGAGUGGCAUACUGCAGCAACCCUACCGGAGCACGCUUCAGUUCACGGAUGUGUAUGAUGUUAAAGAAGACAUUGGUGUGGGCUCCUAUUCCAUCUGCAAGCGCUGUGUGCACAAGAGCUCAGCAAUGGACUAUGCAGUUAAGAUUAUCAAUAAGGAGAAGAGAGAUCCAGCAGAGGAGGUUGAGAUUCUGCGGCGAUAUGGACAACAUCCUAACAUCAUUACUCUGAAGGACGUAUUCGACGAGGGGCGAUCAGUGUACCUGGUCACAGAGUUGAUGAAAGGUGGAGAACUACUGGAUAAAAUCCUCCGACAAAAGUUUUUCUCUGAGAGAGAGGCCAGCGCUGUCCUCCACACCAUUACAAAGACUGUUGAAUAUCUGCAUGCCCAAGGGGUAGUACACAGAGACCUAAAGCCCAGUAAUAUAUUGUAUGUGGAUGAAUCGGGCAACCCAGAAUCAAUCAGGAUCUGUGAUUUUGGUUUUGCCAAACAACUUAGAGCAGAAAACGGGCUGCUGAUGACACCAUGCUACACUGCUAACUUUGUGGCUCCAGAGGUCCUGAAGAAGCAAGGCUAUGAUGCAGCUUGUGAUAUAUGGAGUCUGGGAGUUCUCCUUUAUACCAUGCUUACAGGGUUCACUCCAUUUGCUAAUGGGCCGGAAGAUACACCGGAAGAAAUUCUGGCUCGGAUUGGCAGUGGGAAAUUUUCCCUGACUGGUGGAUACUGGAAUUCUGUAUCAAUUGAGGCAAAGGACCUGGUAUCAAAGAUGCUUCACGUUGACCCUCAUAAGAGAUUGACCGCUGCUCAAGUUCUUCGUCACCGAUGGAUAAUCAACAAGGACCAGCUACCCAAAUACCAACUCAACCGCCAGGACGCCCCUCAUCUAGUGAAGGGAGCGAUGGCGGCCACCUAUUCAGCCCUAAACAGAAAUGUUUCUCCCGUACUGGAGCCGGUGGGUUGCUCCACACUUGCUCAGCGCCGUGGUGCCAAAAAGCUGACCUCUACCGCCCUGUGACCAUUCAGAUCUAACCCCAAACUACAAAUGGCACAUACGUUUGUGAGAUAUCUGGCACUUCUAGCGUUGUCAUGUAAUGGCAGUCCAUCAUCGCUGCAUCACCAUGUAGAAUAUUAUACAACUCUUGGGAGAAUGUUAAAUUCAUGUACAAUUGUUUUAUGAAAAUACUCUAGAAAUUUACUUCAUAUGGGAUUAUAUAUGAAUAUAAAAGUAUUUCUGUUGAGUCUGUGUGGAGAUUAUCAUGCAUUAUGUUAAGAGACUGUGAUACAGUUUGUUUUCUGUAUUAUGGUGAUGUCAUGUCUAGAGACUGCAUGGAACUGUACUAUUGCUAGCAUCACCAAUCAUAGCUGUGCCCACCCUCUUCAAGACAGACCUCACAUGCUGAAAUGGCUUGCUCAAGCAUUUCUUUUUAAGAGAAAGAGCAAUCAGUUAGUGAUGCCACUAUAUGCAACUUCAGAUGGUUUAAACAUGGCACAGUGUUGAAACCAUUUGUGAAAUCAAAGAGAACUAUGCAAGUAAACUUACAAUCCUUAUUGUAUGUCCCUAGAAACGUAGAGUGAAUGUCACAAACCAAGUAUUUCGUGUUAAUAUAGUGUUUUAAUUGGGCAAAGUGGUCCAAAAACCCUUUGUCAUGCACAUGUGUCUUAAAGGGCAUUUGAUUUACAAAAAAUGCAAUCAUAUAGCGACCUCAUUCUUGGAAUCUUUUUCCUCUCCAGCAGACCAAUAUAAUAGCUGUUUAUCAGAACUAAUAUCAGACAAAUUGUAUGCUGUAUCUUUUCUUAAUGGCUAUGGUAAAAUUGUGUAGAAGGUGACUGUAGGUGGCUAUAUUAGAAAAGGGCAGGGUUUUUUUGUUUUGUUUUUCACUGGGAAUGACCAAUAUACUGCUGUCUUACUCAAAGUGAUUUGUAACACUCCUCUUUUUGUAUUUCUUUGUUUAUUCUCUCCAUGAAAUUAAAGGGAAAUAUGCAGGCUGUAUCAACCAA